AUGACUGCCAAUUACGGCUACGAGCAGAAGUCAAAAGGUGGUGGAAAUGGGUAUGAGCAGAAAUCAACCGCUGCACCAAACAACUAUUAUCCAAGCGCAACCUAUGCGGCAGCCCCGAGCAAGCAAACCGUAGCCGUUGGCAAAGACGGCCUCAAGUUCACGCCAGACAACAUCUAUGCCAAGAUUGGUGAUGAGAUCGAGUUCCAAUUCUUCCCAAAGAAUCACUCGGUUGUGCAAUCUUCGUUCGCCAACCCAUGCAACCCACUUGAGGGAGCAAUCUUCUCUGGAUUCAUUCCGAGUACCGGGGGCGCAGCUAGCCAAACAUUCACGAUCAAAGUGACCACUGACAAGCCCAUCUGGCUAUACUGCGGAGCUCUCAAGCCAAUGCCACAUUGCGCCUCGGGAAUGGUCGCUGCAAUCAACGCCCCAGCAACCGGUAACACUCUCGAGGCCUUCCGUGGCCUCGCAAUGAAGACAAAUUCCAGCACAUUCCCAGGCGCAGUGAGCGGUGGAACGCUCAAUGGUCAAGCUCCACCACCUCCAGCUGGAACCGCCCUUGCGUCUAGUGCGCCCCCUCCCCCACCCCCACCUCCACCAGCUGCUACCAGCGAAGUACCUCCACCCCCGCCCCCUGCUGCUUCGGGAACUGAACUCGCGACCUUCGUACCCCCGCCGCCACCAGCUGCUACUGCCAGCGGAGUACCCCCACCACCUCCUGCCAACGGUACUGUACCCAUUGGUAACGGUUCGCCCACUGCUACGACUACAGAUGGUAUUGUUUUGUCAACAGGAGCCGCAUCUUCCCUUGUUGCAAGGACUGGUGCGAUUGGAGGCUUUUUUGUUGUCUUUGUUGGAUUUAUGUUGUAA